UUGGUUACAGACCGGAAGUGACGGCGCGCCUUUAGCGUGUCCACAUAUGCGACUUCGAACAUUUCCGUCCAGCUUUUCUCCUCGGCGUCCCCCCCCCCACGAAGAGGAUGAGCGCGGAGGACAGGAGGCCCGCCAGCUGCAGCAUCAAGCCGCCGGUCUACCUGCACAUCGGGGACGCGGACGCGGCGCACUCCGGUGUGUGCGUGCUGGAUGUCUGUCUCCCCCUGGGAAAGCCCGUGGACAUUCAGGAAAUCACCUUUAAGAACUACUACACGGCCUACGUGACCGUCCGCCUGCUGAGGAGGAGCCCCGGGCACGAGGCCCCCGCCAAGUGGAGCACGGCCCUGAGGGACCUGCCGCUGAUGGACAACCCCCACACCGAGGGGGGCUCCCAGGACUACUGCUCCGUCCACAGGGCGCAGAUGCAGGUGGAGCCAGAUCAUGUGACCUCGGUGAGACUGAUCCUGAGACAGCCGUCCUCGGCCUGGCUCACCUUCAGCCUGGAGCAGAUCCAAAUAUUCCCCCAGGUGCCGCCGAACCCAGAGAAGGAGGUUUCUGAUUGGCUGUCUGACCUGACGCUGGGCGACCAGCACCCGGACCUGGAGGGCCUCCCGGACCCCCAGACUGUGUCAUCCAGCCUCCAGCAGAUGUGGGCUCUGACCGAGGUGAUGCAGAGCAACCAGACCAGCGCCUCCAUCGGACGGUAUGAUGUGGACGGGUGCUACGACAUCAAGCUGCUCUCCCUGACGUGAGGCCUCCUGGCGCCACGUGGGACUCGCUUUGUAUGAAGAGCGACCGUCCCAGAGACGAACAUGGACCAAGUGCUGCGUGUUAGUUGCUGGAAUUGCAAUGCAUGAUGGGACAUUUCCUGUGUAAUGAGACAGUUGUAACAUGCUCGGCACUACCAGGACAUCCACAUUAGAAAUAACCACAGCGUCACGCUCAGCUGUUAUUCAUUCAUUCAUUCUGCACUGACCUCAUUGGACGAGCUCUCACGCUUCCUGUGUGUGGAUCCUCACACGCUGGGAUUUUCUUUAGGCUUUUUACUAAAAUGUUCACUACAUUUCCUCUACAUGUUGUCAUUUCUGAUUCAAACCUCUUUGUUGCUGUUAUUGUCGCGCAACAUUUCUGUAUCGUCUGUGGUGGAAAUAAUAAAUAAAGUUCUAUGAAUGUAAUCCUGAA